AUGUCUAUUGUUGCUUCCGACACUUCAGAGAAAAAAAGUGUUGCUGUUUUAACUAGAAACUGCAAAUGCCCUAUCAACACAGGGCGUUUAAGAGAGGAUACAAUAAACAAAAUUAUGCAUGGUUUGACAAUGUUCCCUUAAACUCUCUCGCUAUUAGUAUAAUAUUAUCUUAUAGAGGUGUUGUUUGGUAAUGGGCGCUUCAAAGGCAAUUUAUUUAGUUCACUGUGCAUUUAUUGUAUGUUUACAUUCAGGGUUUGCGAUAGAGGAUUAAGUUAUUAAAGAAUGCUCAAGGGACCUCUAUUCAUGCAUUAAUCAGCCGAAUAACCAACUAUGGUGGACAUAGAUGGGAAGAUUUUGAAAAAUACAAAGCUUUGCACCUUUUAGAAGAACUCGUUUCUGUGGGGAAGACUACCACCGACACCAAAGAGGCCAGUCAUGACAUCAUCGCAACCACCCUCUGGGAGAAAAUCCAUGUCCCGAAAGAGCAAUUUAAGGCUUACUUCCUGGCUCUAAAGGCAGAUAAGGAGUAUACAAGGAUCUUUGAUACCAUCUCCAAAGUUGAUAUGUCGUUUAGACAUCCUGCACCAUACUUUAGCACACAGGCCAGAGGCAAUCUGAGGUCUUCCCCUUAGCAAUGAGUAACCUGGUAUGGGUGCGGAACCCCUGGCCACAAGACUACAAAAUGUUGGAAGAGAGCUCGACCGGCCUGUCAGUAAUACGAGUUUUGAUGCUAGUAAAGUCAAACAAACAUCAUUACAAUGUAUGUUUUUCUUUUUAUAAACCCCCCUCCCUCCUAGUUUAGCUUAACUCCUUCUCAUUGUGGUGGUAUGGGGUUUAAUUUUGCGAACACAUUCAGCACCUUUAUUAAUUGCUGUCAGAGAAUUUUCCAUUUCUACUCCAUGUUUCUCCCCUCAAGUGGCAUUCUCAAAGGGAAGCUCACUUUCCCUCUCGGAUUACCAGUACUGGGUUUGCCAUCCAUUGGGCCCUUAUAACUAACAAUCUUUUUUUCUUUUCAUUCUAGUUCGCAAACCCUUGUUUUCAUGACUGAAAAAAGUACUAGUUUCAAGCCUAACAUAGUUACUACGAACGAAUUGCAGUGGACAGACAUCAAAGGAUCUGUUAUUGUUGGGGCCCAAGGGAUGGGAAACAAUGCCCACGUCCCAGUGGCGGAUAUAGCCCUGGUGUUACAAGGAAAGUCAUUAGCAGAUAUGUCAUGUCUUGAUUUCUGUGAUCCAAAU